GCGCUCAGUAAGGCUCCGCGUGAUUGGUUCGCUCGGCUCAGGGCGGGAGAGGAGGAUUCAAAAUGGCGUCGGCCGCAAGAUGCAUUUCUGACGAAAUAUGAAGACACUCGGAACAUGAACUCAACGUGAAGGAUUCUACAAGUGCCUUCUUUCCUUUGAGCAGGUUCCUUAAAGAUGGAGGAGUUGCCAGAAAUCUUUGAAAUCUUCGAAGGCGAGGUUGCAUCAGUGAAAGAAUAUGGAGCAUUUAUUAAAAUUCCUGGUUGCAGGCAGCAAGGUCUUGUUCACAAGUCGCAAAUGUCAGCAAGUCGGGUGGAUAAUCCAUCAGAAAUAGUUGAUGUUGGAGAGAGAGUGUGGGUCAAAUUAAUUGGAAAAGAGAUUAAGGAUGGCAAAGUCAAGCUUUCACUUUCAAUGAAGAUUGUCAAUCAGGGAACUGGGAAGGACCUCGAUCCCAAUAAUGUGUCUCUUGACCAGGAAGAGAGAAGGAAACGCAAAUUCAAAGACUACACAAGCCAGAGGAUAACACUUGAAGCUGUGCUAAAUACAUUCUGCAAAAAAUGUGGGUGUAAAGGACAUUUUGCAAAAGAUUGCUUCUCACAGCCAGGAGGCACUAAAUACAGCCUCGUGCCAGAAGAAGAAGUGGAACCGGCUGGCCCAUCCACCCAGUCUGAUCUUCAGCCACCAAAGAAAAAAAAGAAGGUAGAAAAAGAAAAAAAGAAAAGGAAGAGUAAAGAAAAGAGAUCAUCCUCAGAAUCUGAUUCUUCUAAGACGUCAGACUCAGACCGUGAGCAGAACCGUUCAAAAAACAAGAAACGCAAGCAUUCGGAUAAGAUGCAGAAAAAGAAAAAGCAGAAAAAACAUAAGCAUAAGGAAUCUAGAAAGGGAGAUAAAUGACAAUUUUAUCCAGAAAUGUAUAAGAUUAAUUUUAUUUAAGUUGUCAGGUCUUAAAUCAC